UACGCGCCGUUGUCCGCCAGAGCCGGCUCCCAGACCACUCAGCUCCGGGAGGGAGGAGGCGGGACCGAACUGCUGCGCGACUUCCCAUUGGCCACUGUGGUGAUCGACACGGCGAAGCCCAAUGGGGCUCCGCCGCUGGCCUGCCGGAACCAAUGAGAGCGCGGAGGCGGUCUGAGGCGCCAAGCGAGGGGCUCCGUGAAAACAGCGUUGCGGGUCGUGGAGUGAUUCUGAUCUAGAAUGGCAAAAAUUAAGAAGAAUACAAAAAUUAAGGAAGGAAGCCAAAGGAAAAAAUUAAAGCGACCAUUAGCUGCAGAGGAACAACUUGUCUGUGAAACUGAACCAAAGAAAAAGAAACAAAGCUUGAAGGCAGUCCUCAACUUUCUGAAGUUCGAGUUACGACGAACGGCACUUACGGCGCUUAUAAAUUGACCCACUGUUUCAACUUUCUGACGUCAGUUUCGACUUUACAAGACUCGAUCCGACGCAACGCCACAGCAGCGAACAAGUUCGCUGUGCCACCCAUCUACCUGCGCCGAUCCGCCACACCGCCUGUUUCCCUGAUUCAACACGCUCAGUUGCUGUUCUGACGCCAUUUUUACGUGGUGAAUCUUUGUGUUUCCAAACUUUUGUCUUAAAAUUCAGUGUUUCUUUGCACAUAAUAAUGGCAGAAAAGCGUAAAUCUGGUGCAAGUGGUGUUCCUAAGAAACGUAGAGCAAUUACUAUGGAAACAAAAAUGGAAAUAAUUAAGAGGUCUGAAAAAGGUGAGACGCCAACUGAAAUCAGUAGAGCUUUGGAUAUUCCCCGGACGACUAUCGUGGGGAUAUCCAAAGACAAGGUAAGAAUUCAGGAACAUGUUAAGGGCUCUGCUCCUAUGCAGUCAACUGUGAUAACUAAGCAGCGGGUUGGACUUAUUGCUCAGGUUGAGAAACUGUUAAUCAUUUGGCUGGAGGGUCAAAAUCAACGCCGUGUUCCUGUGAGUUUAGGCACAAUUCAGGAAAAGGCUAGGAGUCUUUAUGAAGAUUUAAAGAAGCAACAGGGGGAGAGUUCUAAUGCUGAGCCUUUUAAAGCAAGUAGGGGGUGGUUUAUGCGUUUUAAAGCCAGGGCUAAUUUGCAUAACAUCAGGGUCUCAGGUGAAGCUGCCAGUGCAGAUGAGGAGGCAACUUGUGCUUUUCCUGGGACAUUGGCUGAAAUCAUUGAAGAGGGUGGGUAUUGUGCUCAGCAAGUUUUUAAUGUUGACGAAACUGGGCACUUUUGGAAAAAAAUGCCUUCGAGAACCUACAUUGCCAAAGAGGAGAAAUCCAUGCCAGGGUACAAAGCUGCUAAAGAUAGGCUCACUGUUUUGCUCAGUGCCCAUGCUGCAGGUGACUUCAAAAAUGCUGUUGAAAUGGGCAAAGGACUCAACUUAGGUGCUGCACCAGAGGAUGUUGAUGGGUUGCUGGCAUCACAUUCUGAAGAGUUAACUAAUGACGACCUCAUUGAAUUGGAGCAGCAAAAAGUGGCAGAGGAAGAAGAAGAUGUACCCACUGUUGAAGAGACUCCUCCUCGUAAAGUCUUGACAACAAAAGUGUUGGCUGAAGCAUUUCAAUAUUUGGAAGCUGCCAUGUCCCUGUUUGAGGAACAUGACCCCAACACUGAACGCAGUGCAUCAGUGAAUAGGGGCAUAUCCUACAUGUACAGCUGCUACAGAGAAAUUUACAAACAAAAGAAGAGAACAUCUGUCCAACCUUCUUUGGGCGCUUUCUUUAAGAAAGCAUCCAAGACUCCAGAAAAACCUGCAGCCAAGACUUCUGAGAAGACUCGAGCCAAGAUCCCGUCAAAAAGAACAGAUUUCCCAGGAAAGAGUGUUCACAGCUGGGAAAACAAUCGCUACUUUGAAGAUGGUUUUCCCAGGCAAAAAACUCACGUCUCCAACUGUGUUUGUAUAAACAACAUGUAG